AUGGCUUCUUUCUCGAAGAUCGCUUUCGUCGCUUUCGGGCUCACGAGUGGAGCGAAUGCGUGGGGCGCACUCGGACACGCAACAGUCGCAUAUGUUGCGCAGCACUACUUGGCUGCCGACACGGCAACAUGGGCCCAAGGUGUGCUCGGAGACACAUCCACCUCAUACCUGGCCAACAUUGCCUCGUGGGCCGACACAUACCGCGCAACGACCGCAGGCAAAUGGUCUGCCCCAUUCCACUUCAUCGACGCAGAGGACAGCCCCCCUACAGACUGUAACGUGGACUACGACCGCGACUGCGGCGACACAGGAUGUUCCAUCUCCGCCAUCGCAAACUACACGCAACGUGUCGGCGACGGCAGACUCACAGCAGCCAAUACCGACGAAGCACUCAAAUUCCUCGUGCACAUCAUCGGCGACCUGACCCAACCCCUGCACGACGAAGCCUACGAAGUCGGAGGCAAUGACAUCGACGUGACCUUCGACGGCUACAGCGAUAAUCUGCAUGCCGAUUGGGAUACGUACAUGCCCGAGAAGUUGAUCGGUGGCUACUCGCUAUCCGACGCGCAGUCAUGGGCCACCACCUUGAUCGCCGAGAUCACCUCCGGAAGCUAUGAGUCCGAGGCCGCAAGUUGGAUCGAGGGCGACACGAUUAGCGAUGCCGUGACGACCGCUACGCGAUGGGCAUCGGAUGCCAAUGCCUUUGUGUGCUCCGUUGUUAUGCCGAAUGGAGCCGCUGCGCUGCAGACCGGCGAUCUCUAUCCGACCUACUACAACUCUGCUAUCGGUACUAUCGAGUUGCAGAUUGCCAAGGGUGGGUACCGGCUGGGCAACUGGUUGAACCUGAUCUAUCACACGACUGUUGCGAAGCGAGACCUUGAGAGCUUUGUCGAGACCGGAGAUGAGGUGGUGGCUCGGGACUGGCUUCCUGCUUCUCAACCGUUGAGCCGGGCUAAGAUGGCUAGAGCUGCUAUGGGGGGUUCGUGCUGUGGCUCAGAGAAGCGCCAUGAACAUUAA